GUGUCCAAGAGUCGGCAGACUCUGCCAUUCGCUCCGCUCGCUCACUCCAACAAUCCUCCUCCACCCAUCUCCGCUCCCUCCAGGAAUUUUUUCCCCAACUUGGAACUCAAUACAGAUAUUAUGAGGAGGCAUUCGUCAACAGAGUUAAAGAUGAGUUGGUGAACGUAAGAGAAAACCCUGCUCUGGCAGGUGGAGUUGCUGUCGCUGCUUGCCUCCUUCUUAUGCGUGGGCCUAGAAGAUUUUUGUUUCGUCAAACACUGGGUCGCCUUCAGAGUGAGGAGGCACAAUUUGUUAGAGCUGAAAAGAAUGUCAAGGAGUUGAACCUAUCUGUUGACUUAAUGAAGAAAGAGAGCAAAAAACUGCUUGAAAGAUCGGCUCUUGCUGAAAAAGACAUGAAACGUGGCCAUUCUGACCUCAUGAAUGCUGGAAAGCAGAUCCAAAGCCUUGUAAGAUCAGUUUAUAAGACAGAAGCUGAAGCUGCUGAUUUGAUGGAUCUGCUGCGAGAAAUACCUGGUAGGGAGGCUUUGAAGCUACGAGCAGAUGUUGCUUCUAUGGCAUCACAUUUGCGGCAACAAAGAUCAGCACUGGACAAAAGAAUUCUAAAGAUUUCCGAAUUAGGUAUUCAUGUGUAACACUUUUGACCCGAUUUCUCUAAUAACAAGAGAUACUUUCAACUUUUGGUUACUGCUGCCAGAAUCUUGAGAUUCACUUUUGAUCUUGCUCAUUCAAAUGGAGCAUCAGAUAAAUAACACAUACAAAGGCCAACAUGUAAAACGCAAGUGCUCCUACUCAUGGACUUGUCAAUUUCACUUGUCUGUGCUCAGUGAAAGUCUGAGACAUUAUAUUGAAGCUUGAUUCUGCUUUUUUUU